AUGGCAGUAAAAUCGGUUGCAGUUAUUGCAGGUGUGGGUGCUGGCACUGGAGCCUCGAUCGCCCGCAAAUUUGCCCAAACGUACAGUGUCGCCCUCCUGGCGCGAAGUGUGGCUAGUUAUCAGACUCUCGUCCAAGAAAUAAGUAGCAGUGGCGGGAACGCCAUGGGCGUAAACACAGACGUCACAAGCGAUGCGAGCGUGAAGAACGCCUUCGCGGAAAUAUCGAAAGCAUUUCCUGGCGCGCCACUCGCGGCUGCGAUCUAUAAUGUUGGGGGGGGUUUUGUGCGGAAGCCCUUUCUCGACCUUUCGCAGGAGGAUUUCACUGCUGGCUACGAGAGCAAUGCCAAGGGCGCCUUUCAUUUCUCCCAGGCCGCGCUGCCUUUACUCCUGAAGUCUGGAGAUCUAGAGCAUCCUCCGACUCUCAUUUUCACUGGUGCUACCGCAAGCCUCAAAGGUUCCUCCCUAUGCGCAUCAUUCGCGACGGGAAAAUUUGCUAUGCGAGCCCUGUCCCAGUCACUCGCAAGGGAAUUUGGUCCUCAGGGAAUCCACGUUUGCCAUGCUAUCAUCGAUGGCAUUAUUGAUGUCGAGCGCACAAAGGGCUUCAAAUUUGACGCUCCCGACGCAAAAUUGGACCCUAAUUCGGUUAGUUUGAAUGCCGAAGUUUCAGUGUCAUAG